UCAGCUACUUUCCUUAAUCGGAGAAGGAAGUCGGUUACUUACCCAGCUACCCCUCUGCUGACUCCACUGCUACUCCUCGCUCUCUCUCUCUCUCUCUCUCUCUCUGGUGCUGCUGCUUUAAGCUUAAUUGUAACAACGCCAUAUCGAUCCGCCGUUAGUACGGGCUAUCUACAAUGAUUCUUUGUUCCUCUUCGCUGAAGUAGAACAGAAUCGAUAUGUUCCCGUGUUUCUUGGGUUUUACAGAGCUUGAAGGCUAUAACUGUGUUUUGACCAGCUAACAUGGCGUGGGAACUGCUUCUUUGGUUGAUCUCUUUCUUCGUUUCUAUAGCGCUUCUCGCAGUGGUAAUUUAUCAGCUUAUAUGCUUGUCAGAUUUGGAGUUCGACUGUAUAAAUCCUUAUGAUUCAUCUUCUCGUAUUAAUGCGGUGGUUAUCCCAGAGUUUAUAGCACAAGGAACAUUAUGUGCUCUUUACCUCUUGACAUGGCAUUGGUUCUUGUUCCUGAUAACAGCACCGGUUAUGUACUAUCAUAUAAGAUUAUAUAUGAGACGAAAGCAUUUUAUCGAUGUCACCGAGAUCUUUAGAUUACUUAAUGGUGAGAAAAAGCAUCGAAUGGUCAAGCUUGCCUUUUAUUUGCUUCUCUUCUUCGUAGUCAUAUACAGGCUUGUAGCAACUGCUGUUAUGGCUCUCAUUGAUGAUGAUGAUGCACCACGUGUGCAUGAAUAUCGGGUAUUUUGAAACCCCUUGCAUUUGGAGUGUGGUGGUUUCCACUUUAAGUCCUGCUUUACAAUACAUAUCCAAUAUGAUGGGAUCUUCCACUAAUUUGUAAGACAUGUUGAUGCACAUUGACAUGAAGCUUGCGCAAGGGGUGAAGCCUCUGAAUUCGCCUUCCUGGGGCUAUUGUUAGGUGGCUAAAUUGUCUUGUAGUGUUAUUUGAAUAGUACUCACGUGCAGAUUGGUUCUUGUUUUA